AUGCCAAAGAUCAAACCUGUUUUGCUAAAAGAAUCGGGGAACAGUUUGUGGAACCAAGAAAUAAAUUACGAUGUUGUUGAGGAAACACUAAGACAUGACUGGCAGUACAACUUACUUAAUGCCGAGCAGCGUGCGAUUUACGAAUCAGUCUUAGACUCUGUUGAUAAAAAGGAUGGGAAACUAUUCUUUGUAUAUGGUGUAGGUGGCAUAGGAAAAACAUUCCUAUACCAAACCAUUAUAUCCAGACUUUGCUCGAGAAAAAAAAUCGUUCUCCCGGUUGCUUCUUCAGGAAUAGCCGCAUUGCUACUACCAAACGGGAGAACAAAUCAUUCUCGCUUUGAUAUUCUUUUGAAGCUCGACGAAAAUAAGCUCUGCAACAUCAAACCAAAUACAAUGCUGGCUGAACUAAUCGAGAAAACGGACCUCAUAAUUUGGGAUGAGGCACCUAUGACACACAAGCAUGCUUUCGAAGCACUAGACAAAAGUGGUGAUUUUAGACAGAUCCUACCAGUAAUUCCACAAGGUAGUAGAGCUGAUACUGACGAGAAAAAGUUCUCUGAGUGGUUUCUCAAGGUCGGGGAAGGUCGUCCAGAAUCCGGACAAGAAGAUGAGGAUGAUGGCUACCAUGACCAAAUGAUAACCGUCGAAAACUCAUUGGUACAAGAGACUAAGGAUGAGUCAUUAAAACAAGUUAUCGAUGUUGCCUAUGGUGAUGUCAACCAAAUAGAGGCCUCCCAAAGCUCCUACACUGAUAAAGCUAUACUUACACCGCGAAAUGAUACAGUCAAUGAAAUUAAUGCAUAUACAAUCUCCAAAACCGGCGGGGAGUCAAAAGACUACUACAGUUACGAUAGCUUUGAGGUUUCAGAAACUCAAUCUAACCAAAAUGAUACAUUAUACGCCAUUGAGUAUCUCAACUCCAUGGAGUUUCCAGGCUUGCCAUCCCAUAAACUCACUCUCAAAGUUGGGGCCCCGAUUAUGCUUCUGCGAAACAUAAAUCAAACAAAAGGAUUAUGUAAUGGUACCUGUACGAUCCUGACCCACAUAGGCGAAAGAGUGCUUAAGGCAGAUAUAAUUACUGGUUCACACAUUGGAAAAGAAGUUUUGAUCCCAAGAAUUGUCCUCUUACAUGGGGAUACAAAGCUACCGUUCACUUUACGUCGACGACAAUUCCCUAUCAGAUUGUGUUAUGCAAUGACAAUCAACAAAAGCCAGGGGCAAAGCUUAAAAGAUGUUAUCCUAUAUCUACCUAGACCGGUCUUCGCACAUGGUCAGCUCUACGUGGCCCUCUCACGUGUAACAAGCAAAAAAGGACUAAAAAUCAUCAAAGGCGAAGACUCAUACAAACAAAAAGUGAAGAACAUAGUCUACAAAGAAAUCUUCAACCGCCUUCUUCCCAUGAGAGUAAGUGAUAUUGAAAACUCAGAAUCUCAUUGA